CACACUCAAACACGCAUACAUUCACACACGCCCUCCUCCCCCAUCGCUGCAGUGUCUCAACUGCCUUGGAGCAAACAAGAGAGGAAAUAGAACAGACAAUAAUAAGAGAGCCGAGAAAGAGGGGAAUAGAAAGAGAGAGAGAGUAUGCGUGUGAGAGAGAGUGUGUCAUAGGAGAAUGUUGGACUAAGGGUGGAUUGCACACUGCCUAUCUCUCCCUGCCAGUGUUUGUCUGCAGUAUCCCUGGUGAACGGACCCUGGACGGUGAAACGAAACAGGGGCCUUCAGUUGCCUGAGUCGAGGAAACAGAACAGAAUAUCGCCCAGAGAGAAGGAGGCAGACAACGCACGAAGGACUGACGUGGAUUACUGCAUUCACAAAGAUAGGGAAUGGCGACGUGAGAGCCAUGAGGGAGGAGAGCGAGGGGUUUUUGUUGCAUCUACACAUCAUUCCCUGAACACUGUUUCUACUAACACCUCCCUCCCCCUUCCUGCUCCACAAGCUUCCUAAGGGGGGUAACCCCUGAUAUGACCCCCAGCCCCCGUGGCAUCAGGUAGUCCUCCCACCAUGUCCUGGUAGAGCUCUAUGCCAACUCUAGUCCCAAAGCCUGGGAUAAACCCACAGAAGGCCAACGGACAGCCCCUAGACCACGAGGAUAAUUAAAUAUUCCUGAGUCAUUCCUGCUCUGUGGUUCUCAUUUCUCUCUGUGUGCUCUGAGUGGCAGGUUUGAAGGAAAGUGUCUCUCUCUGUCUUCCCAUCAAGCCCCUGCAGCAUUAAGGAUUCAAACAUAAUCCUAUCCCUGCUCUGACAUACAUUCCUUUCUUCCUUUGCCUAGUCUCUCACCUCUGCUCCUUUUGAUAUUUCUGAUUAUUUCGGUUUGAUCCCAGUCACGCCACUUUUGCCACCCGGCACGUUCUCCUCUGCGAUCACCACGUUUUCCUCAGUGUUCACCGCGUGGCAGACGACCAUGGGUUGCCGGCAGAGUUCGGAGGAGAAGGAGGCGGCGCGGCGCUCCCGGCGGAUCGACCGUCACCUGCGCUCGGAGAGCCAGCGGCAGCGGCGUGAGAUCAAGCUCCUUCUGCUGGGCACCAGCAACUCUGGCAAGAGCACUAUUGUCAAGCAGAUGAAGAUCAUCCACAGUGGAGGCUUCAAUCUGGACGCCUGCAAGGAAUACAAGCCCCUCAUCCUCUACAAUGCCAUUGACUCGCUCACACGGAUCAUCCGCGCCCUCGCCACGCUCAAGAUCGACUUCCACAACCCUGACCGCGCCUACGACGCCGUGCAGCUCUUCGCCCUGACCGGGCCGGCCGAGAGCAAAGGGGAGAUCACAGCGGAGCUGCAAGGGGUAAUGAAGCGCCUGUGGGACGACUCAGGGGUGCAGGAGUGCUUCUGCCGCUCCAACGAGUACCACCUGGAGGAUAACACUGCCUACUACCUGAACGACCUGGACCGCAUCUCCUCCAACGAGUUCAUCCCCACAGUGGAGGACAUUCUGCGCUCCCGCGACAUGACCACGGGCAUCGUGGAAAACAAGUUCACCUUCAAGGAGCUCACCUUCAAGAUGGUGGACGUGGGGGGGCAGCGCUCAGAGAGGAAGAAGUGGAUCCACUGCUUCGAGGGCGUAACCGCCAUCAUUUUCUGUGUGGAGCUAAGUGGCUAUGACCUCAAGCUCUAUGAAGACAACCAGACGAGUCGUAUGGCAGAGAGCCUGCGUCUGUUUGACUCCAUCUGCAACAACAACUGGUUCACUAACACCUCGCUCAUCCUCUUCCUCAACAAGAAGGACCUGUUGGCCGAGAAGAUCAAGCGCAUCCCUCUGACCGUGUGCUUCGCCGACUACAGAGGUCAGAACACCUACGAGGAAGCAGCGGUCUACGUGCAGCGGCAGUUUGAGGACCUCAACCGCAACAAGGAGACCAAGGAGAUCUACUCGCACUUCACCUGUGCCACAGACACCAGCAACAUCCAGUUUGUGUUCGACGCAGUCACGGACGUGAUCAUCCAGAACAAUCUCAAGUACAUUGGGCUGUGCUAGGACUGGGGAUAGGGUGGGGGGAGAGCGGGCUGCUUGGCAGCAGUAGGCCCACUCGCUACCAGGCACGGUACACACAAGAUCUGCCUGUCUGUCCAUCUCUUUGAGGAAGUGAAAGAAGGAAAGAACCUGCAAGGGGGUUGGGAUUGUCAGGGACGGGCUACAGGUUCAACCGACCUGCUUGAAAUGUUAGAGUUGAGGGUCAAAGGUCAAGAUGGGAUUUACCCAAGUUCAGCAUAAAUGUGUUUGCACUGAAUAUAUGAGUAUGUAGAGACACACACACACACAUGUACACACACAUCCUUAUUUUUUCUCACACACAAGGACUUGGGAUCAACUGUCAAGCACUUGUUUGACAUGGAAACACUGGAAACUGAAGACCGCUUCCCCUGCCCUCUGCGUGCCAAACCUGGGAUUGAGCAGUCCGAGGUCUUUACUGUCAGUUUCAAAGUAACCUUUGUCUUUUUAGGUUGUCAAUGAAUGCUGCUUUACGAGUUGGGUUCACCAGGCAAGGUAUGGGGAGAUGAUGAGUCACAGGUGUCCUGGGAAAAUCAUAGGAUGACAUGACUUACAGGGUUUCCGUCCAUAGGAGAAAACUGCCACAGUCUAAAGCUGUAAAGUAAAGUAAAGGGUAUUUAUCUACACACAUUGUAUCUCAUUUUUUGAGGGCUGAAUGGCUCUUCAAGGUUAUUCUGUUUGUCUUUCUAUAAUUCUUCAUUCUUUUUGUCAAACCUGCCUUUUAGAGCAGGUCUCUGACUUACCAGGAGAGUGUUACACGCCAUAGAGUCGUAGAGUGUUCUCUAAGAUCAUUCCAGUUUCCAGCAACAAAGACUUAAAAAAACAGUGCCAAUUUUAGUGUAAAUAAAAACAGAUCCCAUCAAUAAUAUUACCUUUUGGGUUUUUAUUGACAGAAACAUUAAUAAUAAUAAUAAUAUGCCAUUUAGCAGACGCUUUUAUCCAAAGCGACUUACAGUCAUGUGUGCAUACAUUUUAAAACAUGCAUGAUUUUGUUACUUUGGGAUAUUGAUACAUUUUUCUUUUGGAUUUGUGUUCUGUUAUUUUAGAUUUAACUAAUAUAUUCCCCAAAAAUAUAUAUAAAAGUCAAACACUGUGUAAGAUUGUACAGCUGUUGUCUAAGAGGAAUUUAUUGAAAAGAGUUAUAUAAAUUGAGAUGAUGAUGAUGAUGGUGAUGAUGACACCAAUGACAAGCUCAUUACAAACCCAGCAUGAGAACAUAAAGUGGGUGGGGGGAGGAUAAAAAAUAAAUAAUUGAAGACUGCAAAAAAUAUUAAUUAGAAAAAACUAACGUUUCAGUUUAAUCCUCCUUGCAUUAUCUAUGUGGACAUUGUUAUACAGUGGGUUUGAUGUGUAAAUAUACUGUAAGGUUCACUCUGUUAAAACAAACGAUCAAUAAAAGGUUGAGUUGGAAUACAGAGAGAGAGGGAGAGAGAGAGAAUGUGAAAGAGAGAGAGAGGGAGGAAAACCCCGCUCUACUCUCCUCCAACCCUCAACAUUUCAGCGAAGAGGAUGAUAUGCAAACUCAGCUAAGGGCUUCAGGCUUGACUUUACAGGAUGUCCACUUCAACAAAAAACAACCAAUUUAGAAGAACUAUAAAAAGAACAAUAACAAAUAAAAUGAAUUAUGCAAA